UUUUUAAUAAUGAUAUCUACUAAAUAAUGUUUUGUACUCAUAUUAUAUUUUGAUUAUUUGUAUUUUUUUAUUAAAAAAAUUUGAAUUACUGAUAACAAAAUUUUCAUUGUGGGAUGUUUAAUAGUUUUAGUAAUUAUAAAUUUUUAAAAAUUCAAUGCAAAGUUUAAAAUUUAAAUAUUAUGCUGUCAAUAUUUGUUCAAUGAUUUUAUGAAAAAAAUUUCAAAGAAAAAUUCGAAAUUAAAAUAUUUAUGUAUUUUUAUAUGAUAUACAGUUUAUUUGAACGAUAUAUAUUUUUAGUCUUAAUAUUUAUUAAGAGAAAUUCUCAUGUUUACCACUUUUUUGUUAUCAUUAUUCAUGUUUGCCACCACUAAAAGAAAUUUUCAAAAAAAAUUUCUUCAUUAAGAGGCAAAAAACUCUUAUACCCUUGUUGUCUAUAUGUAAAAUAAAUGAUUAUUUAAAUAAAUAAAAAUAAAAAAAUAUAUUUUUUUAUGUUUUCGAAUUAUACUUUCUCAAAUAUGAACUUUUUUAUACAUUUUUUUUUGAAUUUUUUUUUUGAAAUUUUUUUUGAACUUUUUUUUUCUUUGAAAAUAUCUUUUUGGAAAUCGAAAAUUUAUUUUUAUAACUAUUUUUUAAUUAUUUUUAAGUAUUUAUUUAUAUUAUAUUAAUUAGAAUCAUAAAUUUCACAUUCUAAAAACCUAUCUCGCCCCUCAAUUGUAACCCUAAGUCUAGAUUAGUUAACUCUAGGGUUAUAAAUGUAUUUUCCCUCUUUAAAAGUGAUGGUAUAAGUGGUUAGUGUAAACAUGAAAAUUGGUAUUAUGAAUGUGGUACUUUUGACAAUUUUCCAUUUAUUAAAUUAGACUUCCUACUUAUAUGAUUUGCAAUCAUUUUUAUUUCGUCAUAAUAAAAUUUUUAAACCAUGGGUCACAAAAGUUUUAAUGUGAGACUUUUAACAAUUUUAUUAAUUUGUAGUUGAUUUAAAAAUUCAAAAUAUAACAUAUACGGAAAAAUAUAAAUUUUAUUAUAUGGUUAAUGUGAUUGCUUAAUUUAUUUUAAUAAGUUAAAAUUAAAAAAAAUGAUUGAGGAUAAAAUAUUUUUUAUAAAAAAGUUAUUAUUAAAAAUAAUUAAUUGUCAUAUAUACUUUAGCCACAUUAGGCAAUUUCAUAAUUUUAUUUAUGGAAAGAAUGAAAAAUAUUAAUAAUUAAUUUAUGGUUAGUUUAAUAAAAAAAAAUUGUAUAUUUAGAUGAACCAACAUAUUUUUUUAAGGAUUCUAAGAAUUAUUGUGAUAAUGACACAUGCGACAUGACUAUCUCAAAUGUUGUAAUUUUUCUAUUAAAAAUAUUCCCCUUUUUCAAUAUAGAUGAUAUUUUAGACAAUUGUUGUUGUUUCACAAUAUAUUAUGUUUCUAGAUACCGAAAUAUUUUUAAUUUUAUCAAAAACUGUGUAGCCAACCAUGUUUUUACUGUUUCUCUUUAUAAUUAAAUAAAUUAGUUUUAAAUUAUAUUUCAGUGACUUUUUUGUUUAGAAAAAAUAAUUUUUUAAUAGGUGUGAAAAAACCAAAACUUCAUAAUAUCUAUUAUGAAUUAUGAAACGGAGUAUAAGGGAUAUAAAUGCAUAAGAAACUGUGAUGGAGAAAGUUAAACAAUGUGGAUGCUCUAACCGCAUUCAUUCCUUAGUAAUUUGUCUAUAUAUAUUCUCUUACACAAAAGCCUUCCAAAACCAAAAACAAAACUAAGAGCUUCUCACCUUUUUCUUCUUUUUAAGUUGAUAACUACUAAACAUGGCAAUCACAACAAAUGUCCUCGCAACAAGCAACGCUGUCAAAUUGGAUGCUGUAACUGUAAGCUUCAUCUCUUCUUUCCCUGGCAAACUCAACCACUUCUUGGCUCGACGCUUGCCACAGUCGACGACACGUAGAGUCCAAACGUCUUGCUGUUAUCGUGAAACGUCAUUGAAAGCUGUGACUCUGUUUGAGAUGCCUGAGACAGAAACAAGUAGUGUCAGUGACGGAGUUGAAAUUUUACGUUUCUUAAAAGGAAAAAACUAUCUCGUUACCGGUGCAUUUGGGUUUCUUGGUAAAGGUAAGACAAAACCUAAAACAGGGUUUUCUUGUUGUCCAAGUAAACUGAUUUUCGGACUGAUGUUUUUAUUUUUAUUUUUUGUUGCAGUGUUGAUUGAGAAAUUACUGAGGGUAAGUCCUGAGAUUGGGAAGAUCUUCCUUCUGAUCAAAUCCGCAGAUCAAGAAUCGGCCAACAGGAGACUCUAUGAUGAGAUCAUAAGCUCGGAUCUGUUCAAGCUUUUGAAGAAAAUGCACGGGAGCUCUUACGAAGCCUUUAUGAAAAGCAAGUUGAUUCCAGUAACUGGAGACAUUGGAGAAGACAAUCUCGGGAUCGAAUCAGUAACAGCAGCCAAGAUUAGUGGUGAGAUUGAUGUCAUUAUAAGCUGUGCUGGUCGCACGACAUUUGACGAUAGGUACGACUUUGCUUUGAAUGUCAACGUUCUUGGACCUGGUCGGCUUUUGAGAUUUGGCAAGGGCUGCAAGAAUCUGAAAUUAUUUCUCCACUUUUCAACUGCUUAUGUGACUGGUAAGAAAGAGGGAACAAUACUAGAGACUCCUCUCUGCAUUGGAGAAAACAUAACUUCUGACUUGAACAUCGAAUCCGAGCUGAAACUAGCUUCAGAAGCGGUAAGAAAGUUACAUGGCAGUGAAGAAAUCAAGAAACUGAAAGAACUUGGUAUGAAAAGAGCUCAACACUAUGGCUGGGAAAACACUUACACUUUCACAAAAGCUAUGGGUGAGUCUGUAAUCCACAACCAAAGAGGAGAUCUGCCUGUGGUGAUCAUAAGGCCUAGUGUUAUAGAAAGCUCUUACAAGGAACCUUUCCCUGGCUGGCUCCAAGGAAUAAGGAUGAGUGAUCCAAUUAUCUUGGCCUAUGGCAAAGGCCAAAUUUCUGACUUCUGGGGAGAUUAUAAAUCUUUAAUGGACAUUAUACCUGUUGAUAUGGUUGUUAACGCCACAAUAGCAGCCAUGGCAAAACACAGUCGUGGUGUCUCCGAGCUCAAAGUUUACAAUGUCACUUCUUCAUCUCAUGCGAACCCCCUGCGAGCUGGCGAGUUGAUGGACCUCUCUCAUCAACAUCUGUGUGACUCUCCAUUUACAGAAACAUUUAUGGAGCUAGAGCGUAUGAAAUUCCACAGUUCCUUAGAGGGUUUCACUUCCUCUGCGUUCAACAGAAUAGCAAAACAUGAAAGAGAGGUUAAGAAUGAAAGAGGGGAUGCAGAGUCACAUACCGCAUUGAGCAUGAAGGGAAAGAGGAGGCUGGACUAUUUUGUGUCCUUGGCAAGAACAUAUGAGCCUUACACGUUCUUUCAAGCUCGGUUUGACGACACCAAUACAAAGAGACUUAUUCAGGAGCUGUCAGUGGAGGAGGGAAAGAUGUUUGAGUUCGAUAUCAGUGGCAUUGACUGGGAGCAUUACAUUGUGAAUGUUCAUCUUCCAGGUCUCAAGAGGGAACUCUUUAAGGAAAGAUCCCGUUAAAGAGAGUGAUUAAAUAUUACAAGUGCUUGAGUUCACCUAUUUUAAGAUUUGAGUGUAACUGUAGCCUACAACCAAAUGUUGUUUGUUUGUCUCUCUAAUCUUAUUGCCGUCUAGUCCUACCGACUAUCGUGGGUCGACAGGGUCGUAGAUAUUUUAAGAUUUAAAUAGAUAAACUCUUCAAUAAUUCUAUAGCUUUGAAUAUACCUGGACACAUUUAUUCAGAACCGAAAAAUUAAACCAAACCAAAUCAAAAGACAAGAUUUGGUUCGGAUUUGGAUAGUAUACUAGUGAAUCUUAUAUUUAUAGAACCAAAAAUUGAAACCAAAUUAGAAUCUAACUGAAACCAAACCAAGAAUUGAAUGGGUAUCUAAAUUUCAAUAAUAUAUGUUAUAUAUAUUUAUAAAUAUUAACUAUAUUUAGUUUCAAAAUAAUCAAAUAAAUUUUAAAAUAUUAUAUAUAA